CCAAUGACUAAUUUAGGAAAAGAAAUAACUACCUCAAUGUAGUUCUCUUAAAAUACUUUUUUAGAUCAUGUUGAUAUAAACUUUCUAGCUUCAAAUACAAAGCAAUGUGUCCCAAAAAGUGAAUCUAGCAGCAAGAGAUCUCAACAAACAACUAGAGAGCAUACAGACAAAAAGUACAAAAUGUUAAACUUUUCUAGUAAAAAGGAUUAGCUAAGUAGAACCACCGAUUUCCUCUUAUAGAAAAGAUCUCGGCCGUCAAUUUUUCUGAACCCAACGUGUGAACAUAACAAAACAUUAAAAAAUAUAAAACCACAGUGUUCGAUCUGAAUCAUAUAGAGAGGGACCAGAGGAACCAAAAAAAAGAGUGAGAGUUUCAGUACCAAAAAAUCCUUAGACACAAAAAGAGAUGAGGUUUUCUUCAUCUAGACCCGUUUCGAGUCCGGGUCGAACCGAAAACCCGCCUCUACUCAUGCGGUUCUUGCGGACCAAAAGCAGAAGCAGAAGCCGUUCUCGUUCAAGAAGACCUAUCUUUUUCCGUCGGAAAAAUGCUUCUGCUGCGGCGGAGACACAAGAACCAACUUCACCUAAAGUCACUUGCAUGGGUCAAGUAAGGAUAAACCGAUCAAAGAAACCCAAACCCGAAACUGCUCGAGUCUCCGGAGGUGCAACAGAAAGGCGACGCCAGAGCCGUCGGUGCGGGUGGGUCAAGAACGCUUUUCCCUGUCAUUCUUUCACCGGAAUAAUCAAACCUACUUGCUUUAGCCCUGUGUGGCGUAAAUGGAAAUCAUUUUCUCAUGCUAGUUUCUCGAAAAAAUCAGAGAAGAGAUCAAGUUCGUCUAGAAGUGAACCUAUCUUUGGCCGCUCCACGGUGGAGCCAGAGGAACCAGAAGAGACUCGAAAAGAAGAAAACCAAGAAGAAGAAGCAAGUUCAUGUAAAUCAUUCACAGCUACACCACCGAGAAACGCUUUUUUACUAACUCGAUGUAGAUCUGCACCAUAUAGAUCUCCUUCAUCAGCUAAUAGCUUAUUUGAAGAUCAAGAAGAGACAAAUAAAGCUCCUUUCCAACGACACGCUUCGUCGGAAAAUGUAUCAGUUUCGGAAGAACCGAAGACAAGCGUUACAGAAACAACAGAGAGAUUAGAGGAUUCAAGAAGAGAAUCAGCAGCGAGUGAAGAACCAAAACGAAGCGUUUUGGGAUCACCACGACAGUGUCUGAUCCUCACGCGCUGUAACUCGGAGCCAGCGAGACUCGUUCCCGAGAUGGGUUAUCGACAGAACCCAAGGUUGGGAUUUACGUGAUGCGUUUACAUUUUUUUUCUCUUUCUUUUGUAUUUUUUCGAGAAAUUUACAUUGAAACGAUUACUAUAUUCUUUGCUGGAUUUACUUGGGGAAGUUUCGCUGAAAUUUAGAGCUUUAAAAGCUUUCUUUAUCGUAGAGAAUCUUGUGGUUCCCUGACCAUGUAAUAUUUUUCAAUUGUCCUAUCUAUGACAAUGUAACUAAACAAACAAUUUCGUUCGUACACUUAUACACUAAACAAAAAA